AUGACAACCACAUCAGACGAGGAUUCACGGCGGCAAAAGCGUCGCAGGACUUCGAGCGAAUCCCCCACACGAUGGCAAGGCGAAGCGACGGCGACGCGCGCGUCACGCGGCAGCUCAGACGAGGGUUCCACAACAACAGCAGCAGCAGCAGCAGCUUCAAGAAGGCAGCGGUACAACAGCAAAGGCCAUGCGUCGAGGAGUAGGAGUCGAAGCCGAAGCCGAAGCGGGAGUGGGGCGCGGACGCGGACGCGGAGCCGAAGCACCUCCUCGUCACCGAGCGAAUACUUUUCGCCUGCACCAUCGGAGCCGACACCGACACGACGCGCCGCCCGACCCAACUACCGACCGCGCCUGGUGCUGCGGGGCCACGACGGUCCCGUCUCGCAGGUGCGCAUCUCCCCGGACGGACGGUUCGUGGCGUCGGCCUCGGCGGACGCGACGGUCAAGAUCUGGGACGCCGCGACGGGCGCGCACAUGGACACGCUGGCAGGACACAUGGCGGGCGUGAGCUGCGUGGCCUGGAGCCCGGACAGCGGCACGCUGGCCAGCGGGUCGGACGACAAGUCGAUACGCUUCUGGGACAGGGUGACGGGGAGGCCCAAGACGACGACACGCAAGUCCGUCGCCGUCUCAUCGGGCAGCCUGGAGAUGGCUCCGCUGAGGGGACAUCACAGCUACGUGCACUGCCUCGCCUUCUCCCCCAAGGGAAAUAUGCUGGCUAGCGGGUCGUACGACGAGGCUGUAUUCCUGUGGGAUGUCAGGGCUGGGAGGCUCAUGAGGAGCCUGCCGGCGCACAGUGAUCCUGUUGGCGGGAUUGGGUUCUCGAGCGAUGGGACUUUGGUUGUCAGCUGUUCUACUGACGGAUUGAUCAGCCGUAUCUGGGAUACAAUGACAGGACAGUGCCUGCGCACCCUGGUGCAUGAGGACAACCCGGCCGUGACAAACGUCUGCUUCUCCCCCAACGGACGCUUCGUCCUCGCGUCAAACCUGGACAACUGCAUCCGUCUGUGGGACUACGUGUCUGGCACAGUCAAGAAGACGUACCAAGGCCACCGGAACGAGAAGUUCGCCGUGGGAGGCUGCUUUGGCGUGCUCGGCGGCGGCGGCGGCGACGGUGACGGGAAUGCCUUUGUCGCGUCGGCGAGCGAAGACGGUAGCGUGGUUCUGUGGGAUGUCGGUACAAAGGAGGUGCUCCAGCGCAUCGACGGCCAGCACCGGGGCGUGUGCUUCUGGAUCGAUGUCCACGGGGACACCAUGGUCAGCGCGGGGCAGGAUAAGACGGUCAGGCUGUACAGGCACGAGGCUACGAAAUCUGCGGCGGCGGUGGAAGCGGGACAGGUGCAGGGGAAGUUGCCGGUGCCUGUGUCCGUGGUGGUGAAUGGCGUUACUACAGAUGAGACUGGGCUACCUAUUCGGCAGGAUGCCGAGAUGGCAGAUGUCUGA